AUGGUUACCGUCAGCCCCGUCCCCAUUCCUACGCCAAAGACGAAGCGGCCCAUCCCUCCGGGCAUACAGACUAAUGGCUCCUCUGCGCCGGCGGGGACGUCGUCGCCGUCCCCUUCAAUGUCUGCGAAGAAGCCCCCGACGAGCGCCGCCAAGCAGACCCCGACCUCGGCGAGCGAUCGCACCAUUACCGCCUCCACCGUGCGACCGGUGAAUCGCGCCCGUCGGGAAGCAUCAUCACAGGCUCUGGGUAGGGCCUCGAGAAAUAGCGCGGGCUUGCGCAUUGCGUCGUCGCUCGAUAUGGUGGCUGUAGACUCGCAGCCGCGCCCAUAUGCCCUAUCGCAAAGCGAUGUCCUCAAGAAAUUCGCCGGCCGACCUCCGUCUCUGGUCAUCCAUCUACAUCCGGGACACUUUCGGUUCGACGGACAGGACAGCGUGUUCGCGUACAAAUCCCCCAUGAAGGUGUUCUUGGAACACCUCCGCGCCAAGACGAUCCCUCACGACCUAUUGGAAUACUUUAUCCAGGCCAAUGUGCCUUUUUACGAUGGCUGCCUUAUUGUGCAAGUACACGAUCACAAGUCGCAAGCACAGCCGAAAGACGACAGCAAAUCCAAAUCCGCAUCCAGCGCCGUCGUGCCGUCGAGCAUCCAUAACUACAACCAGUAUCUAACUCCUUCGCCCUAUAUCCCGUUUCCCAAAGAUGGAGCGCAGACCGGCGGGGCGAUCAAGAAGGACGACGAGAACCAGAAGGAGGCGAAACCGGCCGACAAGGAUGCGGAGAGUAUGCCUGCCCCGAGCCUGCCAGGGGACGGCUCCAAGGCAAAGUCGCCCGCCAAGGCCAAAGUCUUCACCAAGGUCAUGUUUCCUACGCAGGAGAGCCUGCAGGCGGACCUAAGAAUAAAGGCGACGACGGCCGGGACUGCCACCGAUGGAGCGUUGCCGCCGUCGACCCCGAUGUCCUUGGUGCCUCCGACUCCGACCGCCGGCAACAUGCCACCCCCAGCGAAGCGCCAGAAGAAGGAGAAGAUGGAGCUCGAUGGAAGCAACAUAUACGCGGUCGAGGGGCAAAUUUUGCUGGAGACGAUGCCCAAGCUCAUGCUUGAGCCGACAAAGAAUGCCGAGGAGACGAUUGCUCUUUUGGAGGCCUGGGCGCAUCCCAGCCAUUCCGAGCCGCCCCCGCAACCCAAAUCGCGCAAGCGUACCGUGGCCGAGAUGGCAGCGGACGAGGCCGCAGCCGCCGACCAGGAGCGUUAUAUGCUCGUCCUGGACGACAGGCUGUCCGCCACUGCAGCGGGCAACCAGGUCUCGGGAGGUGCCGACGGGGACGCACAAAACGGUGGCACCACCUUCGAGCCCAGGUUCGAACGGUUCAAGGUUAUCGAGGACAUCAAGAGGGAGCAAGCCGAGAAGAAGGAACAGGAGCGCAUCAAGCAGCAGGAGAACGACCGCCGGAUGCAUAUGCAGCGACAGCAAGAGGCUAUGCAGAGGCAGCAGGCCGAGGCCGAGAAGGCGAGACGGGAUGCGGCCGCGGCAAGAGAGAAUCAACUGCGACAGGCCGAAGCUCAGCGACAAGCCAUGGCGGCCCGUGCCGCCGCCGCGGCGAACCAGGCGCAGAACGCACAGAACAUGGGCCAGCCUCAGCAUGGACAUCCCGUUCAGAACGGGACCAUGCCGACCGGCAUGCCCAACGGUGUCGCCGUUGCCGGUCAAAACGCCAUGGCCAAUGGCAUGCAAGGCCAGGCGCAGCCUCGUUUCCCGGCUCAAAUGUCACAAGCCCCCGCUUCGUCACCCGUCAUACGACAGGGUACACCACAGAAUAUGUCUUCACCGAUGGUCGGCAGCGUCCCCAUGCAGCAGACCAACUCGAACAUGGCCAACAGCCCUCCCCGACCGCCCUCGGUGGUCCAAAAUGCCCAAAUGGGCGUGCCCAUGGCCCAUCAAAUGUCUGCCCGGGGCAGCCAGCAAAGUCAUCCCUCAGGAACACCCCGUAUGCCUCACUCCACACCCAACAUGGCUCAUGGCACGCCCAUCAACCGGCCUGCAAUGGUUGCAACUCCGCGCAUGACGCAGGCGAGCCCGCCACCCAACAUGAUGGCCCAGAACUCGCAGAUGGGCCAGGCCAUGAUGAUGAACAACCAAGGUAUGGCGCAGCACAACCCUCAGGUGUUUGCGCAGAUGGCGGCCCAGCAGCGUGCCAUUGCCCAACAACAGCAGCAAAUGGCUGCCAUGCAGGGCGGCGGCGCGCACGCGGGCAUGAACGGACAAGGAAUGUCUCCACAGCAGCAGCAACAGAUGAUGCAGAUGAUGCAGCGGCAGAUGAUGCUGCAACAGCAGCAGCAGCAACAGCAACAGCAGCAGCAGCAGCAGCAGCAUCAACAACAGCAGCCGCAGGGAGGUAUGAUGACGCCCCAGCAGCAACAGCAGCAGUUUGCCCAGUACGCCCAGCAGCUUCAGAACAUGCAGGGCAACCAGCUGCGGCAGAUGAGCCCGCAGAUGCAGGCCCAGCUGCAGCAGAUGGCGCGUAUGGGACAGAUGGGCAACCCGAUGCAGCGACAGGUCAGCGGCCAGAUGAUGAACGGCAACGUCAACAUGCAAGCAUUCGCUGCGAUGCAGAUGCAGCAGGCACAACAGGCGCAGCAGCAGCAGCAGCACCAAGGGCAGCCGCAGCAAAUGGGGGCCAACCCAAUCCAGGCGCAGAUCCAGGCCAGCGCUCGCCAGAUCUACGGACGACUGCUCCAGGCUGCCAUUGCCAAGUUUGGCGGACAAGACCGGGUACCGCCAGAGGCGAUCGACAAGAUGAAGCAGUCGUCUAUGGCCCAGGCGCAGCAGUUGCUCCAGCAGACGAUGGCGCAGCGAAGGGCACAGCAGCAGAUGAUGCUCCAGCAACAACAGGCGGCAGCGCAGCAGCAGCAACAGCAGCAGCAGCACGCCGCAAUGCAGGGCAUGGGAGGCAUGAUGGGACACCAAGGGAUGUAG